AUGAGCUACACUAUUGACAUUCAAGAAGGUCCUGAAGAGAGCUUUCCUCUUGUUGGACAAACUCCGGAGCAAAGUGACCAUUGUUAUAGCCCAAGUGGCUCAUUUGGUCUGCGUCUUCUUCAGCCUGAUGGCCACCGGUCAGACCAAGAACAACAAGCGCAACAGAUGGCAGGUUAUGGUACAGGAAGUCAAACUUUCCCCACAGGUAUCGCAUUUUCCGGAGGAGGUAUUCGAUCAGCAGCAUUUUGCUCAGGUGUACUGCGUUGGAUGCUGAAGAAUAAUCAGAGAAUGGAUUAUCUGAGCUGUGUGUCCGGGGGAGGUUACACGGGGGCAGCAUUUCUCAGCUGGAUGCACCGUAAAGGUCCGGAUACUGAAAAGUGGCAAGAUAAAUUCUUUGAAAAAAUGCAUGAGAACGCUGGAUAUCUCUGCAACUUUCAAAAGCCUCGCUCUGCAAUCCUUGACCCAAUCUUUUUCAUAUUUUUUUUUAUCGUUACUGUGUUGGUUUUGCCGUGUUUGCUCUGGUUUCCCUACGCAUUUCCGAUGGCCGAAGCAGUUGACUUCUUGUGUGGAGACAUCUUGCGUGAGAGCAGUAGCUGUAAUGAGCCCGGCAAUCAACCAACUGUUGAUCCAAAGAAGUCAAAAAGCUCCUACCUGUUGAUGGAACUGUACGGUAACUGUAGCCCAACAUCUAAACGUAUCACCCUCUUCACCACAACGUUUGCGUUGUCCUUAAUUUUGUACAUCAUUUCAAGGUCAAGAUGUAAAUUCUCCCGCCGUUUCAAAGGCCUCUUAAGAUUGUUUUCAACCGUCAUUGGUUUGUUCUUUGCCUUUACCUUUCUCCCAUGGAUAACUUAUGACUUUCUUUGGCCUGUACAAGUCUGGAUUCAAGUUGUAAUAUUCUUCAUUUGCCUUGUACUUCCUUUCUUUUUCCCUAUUAUUCGUAACUAUGCAGGCCUUUUCCUUAUUUUUUAUGUUUAUGUGUUCAUUGUCAGCUGGAAGGUGUUUAAGAUAGAGCUGUUGGGCGAGUUUCCUUAUUCGGAUACUCUUUUCUAUCUACUGUUGGUGAUAUGCUGCGCGUUGAUCGUGCUUUUCCCAAUUCUGGCAACUAUGCACCGUGCUCUGUUCAACGCUUACUACAGGUUAGUAAAACCUACCGACAAAUAGUUUGUUAAAUUCUCAGAAUAGAAAAUUAUUAGAUAAAAAGAGCUGAAAGCAAUUCAGAAAUUUAUAGAAUUGGCAUGAAUGAAUCUACUGAUUUCCGAGUAGUUAUAACGAACAAUAAACGAAAAGUUAAGGGAAAACUUGGUCAUGUAGUUUCACGUGGUACAAAUUCACGUUUGCUGUUUGCCGUAAAUGUGACUCUUUUGAGACCCUAAGAUCGAGGUUUGGCCAUCUUAUCGUGAACGGCAAACUGCGCUUUGCGGAUAGCGUUUUCACGUGACCCGUCUGCCCAUGUUUUGGCACGUCUGCCCAUGUUUGUUUUCAUUGAUUUGUUCGCUUCUACUGUAUUUUCGCUGAGAAGUCGUCUUCAAAAUUACAUUUCGACGAAAUAGAAUUUGAUACAUCGUAAGUAAAAAGAGAGUUCUAAAAAGUAAUGUGGAUUUGUGAUGUUUUAGUGUGCGAAAGAAUCUUGCGAAAAAUCACCUACCUCUAGAGAAUGGUCUAGCCGUACACACGGGAACUUCAAACCACAAACGACGCUUUUAAGGAUAUCUGCAUAGCGUUGGACCCAUUCAGUAUUACGUAGACGUUUACACAGACAUUAAUUCAGUGAAGUUUACCUCAAAACUAAAUUAAAAACCCCCGUCCACGCAACCUGCGAUUGCAAACUUAUCUCCCUGGGCCCGGUUCCUGAAGUGUCGAUUAGCGUUAAUCGAGGAUUAAAAUUUUGUUCCGUUUUCGUAUUUUACAUUCCUAUGCAUUGCUUAGGGUAACAUUUUGUGUUAUUAUUACUGUAUCUCGUAGUAAAGACUGAACAGUAUAUUGUAACCUCGAGUUGCAGGUUCUUAGACGAGAAAACCAUGCUUGAAAUUUGGCUUGAUCCUGGGUUAAACUUAACCAUCUUUCGAGGAACCGGGCCUGAUCUGUGGUCGUCGCUUCUCUCCACCCGAAACUGAGUAACCUUCUCUUCAAGGGGAGAAAAGCGGUGGAAGUACAUGUGCGUUCGUAGAGUCCUGCAGUCUACCGGAUUUGUAUUGGGAUUCAUCUUGUUCCCAGGGCAGUCAAAUUAACCAAGCCGGUACUUACUGAUCUCUUUCUUUUUAGCAGGGCGUUAAAGUCUCAUUCUUUGAAUGUACUCGGUCCCGUUCAAAUAAAUCUGUCUUAAGUUAGCGUUUUUAAAUUAAAUGUAAAACGACUAGUCGACUUCCUAUUAUGGGUUUAGGUCGUUUAGCGUUGGUGUCAAGAAACUCAGGCUUUGUUUAUUUAGGUCGCCACUUACUUAAAGGAGCAUCUAAAAAAUCUGCCGCUUAUAUAAAAAAAGGUUUUUGGCUGUCAAGAUGUAAUAUAUCAAGCAUGAGACGUAGUGUUUCAUCACCAGAUGAAACACCGGGAAGAGAGUUGAAAAUACGACGCGCAGCGGAGUGAUUUUUGACGAACUUCGAGGUGUUUCAUCUGGUGAUGAAGCACUGUAUCAAAUGUUUUAUAUUUCUUCUCUAACGAAAUGAUUUUAGAGGGAUAAAUGAAGGAUACAAAUUUGAGCAGUUUUUCAUCUCGUUUCCAAACACUCAUUAAACAUUUCCUUUGUAUUUUCGUUAUGAAUUGUUAAUAAGUUUAAGAGGUUAAAAUUAAGCACCUGUCGACAACAUCUCGCGCGUAUACCCUGCGCGUGCGCCUGUGGUUAUCGAUAUAAACACAAGUUAUAAUAGUCCGCUUAUUUCUUUGCUGCAGGUGGUCACUAUCCAAAGCCUUUUUCGAUGAUCCAGAAGGUUUCCCGUGGAAAGAUGUGUUUCCUUUUUGCUGGGUCGUUUACGAAAGCUUGCGUACUUGGAUUGGGAAGUUUAAAAAGAGCCCUCGGCAGCACGACAUGGACGAAGAAGAACCUCCUGUGGACAAAAAAGAAAUUUAUUUGAGUGAUCUAAGCAAUAUUCAACCCAAAUUUAUCAGCAACAUCACUGUGAAUGAUUGGCAAAUAGGCAGCAGACAAGGUCCUUGUCACCACCUCAUAGCAUUUUCGCCAGAAGAUGUAAAAGUUAUUGGCAAGUAUGUGGAUGAGGAAGGGAAAAGUGUCAAGCCUGAACCUUUGUCCGAUCUGAAUAAUCGUGAUUAUGUACAGCUGUUUAAGCCCGAACAUAUGCCUUUGUCUCAGGCAAUGGCCAUAUCUGGUGCUGCAUUAAGCUUUGACAUGGGCAGCUAUGAAACUAGUCUAGAUAUGAUAUUGGAUCUCUUGUCUUUGUUGGGGCUUGGUAUGGGAGCAGAAUUGCCUAGUGACCAGGUGACCCUCAAAGAAAAGCCAUUUCGCGAAGCUUGCAAACAGGUAUGCACACUGUUAAUUUUUGACACUUUAGGGCUGAAACAUUUUUGUGUGUGUCAGUAAUACAGCUCUGCAGGCCAAAGACUGAAUAAGCCUCUCUUGGAGCCAUUUGAGUCCCAUAGGCCACUUCCGGGUUCCAAAAACCCUCACUUUCAAAAUGAGGCUAGGUGCAAAACCUUUCUUGUGAAAAUGAGUUUUAUUUGCAUGAGAAUGAAAAAUGAUUUCCAUAUCAAAGGCUGAGCACCUACCCUCGUUUUGAAACAGAGACUCGGGGAACUCGAAAAUGGCCUAUUUAAGCCCAAACAGCCUCAUCAUAUACCUAUUCCAGCCCACGCUGUAGACAGACGCUGGGACUCAUUUCAUCCCGUGGGUCCAAGUCAGCCCUAGGUACAGUGGAACCUCGAUGUAACAAAGGGGCAAGAGACUGGCAAAAUUUGUUCGCAAUACCGAGGUUUCGUCAUAUCGAGAUUGUUUUUCUGUUUUCUAUUUUUGUUCGUUAUAACGUGUUUCCAUUGUAAUUGAACUGUAUUGUCCUGAUUUAGGGACCCAAAUUAAGCCCCCCAAAGUAGGACUGUAUUUUACUCCGAAAGGGUCCCAAUUUUUAGGAUCAAUAAAGAUAUUUUUGAUUUAAAGUGCAUGUUUCGGGCACCUAGAUUCCCGUUAAACUUACUGUUCUUAAGCACAGAUUGCGAUAAAGGAAAUGACAACCUAAAAGAGCCUUCCCCUCCCCCUUAGGGUGUGUUCUGGGAAAAAUAUGGGUGAAGUGGCAUGCUUUUUCCAACCCCCUAUUUCAGUUGAAAAAAAAAAAAAAAAAAAAAACGCGAUUUUCUCUACCCCGGAGCAUACACACUCUGAUACACGUUCCCGCCGCAACUCGGCAGAUCUUGUGUCAACAUUAUCUUUACAUUUUGAGAGCCGCACGCUAAUCACACAAAAGUUGCGUCUUCUAAAAUCCUAGCCUGCGUAAACAGCCGUUUCUCCUCGCUCCUCGCCAAAGAGCGAGGACAAAACGGCUGUUUUCGCAGGCUACUAAAAUCCAUAUCCAGUGCGCGACCAAACUGGGCCAUAAACAGAGCUCAAAAGCCAUACCCUUGUACACUGCACAUUCCCCGCCCUGUGGCUGAAAAAAUGGAGUGCUCCUCCAUCUCGCCUCCCAGACCACCCGGUCUGACAACAUCGCUUUGGCAUACAACUUUUUCACUAAUGUUAUCAUUUCGUUUAGUUAAAAUCUCUUAAAGGAAACUAUUCUUGUCGAAGUGGAGCAAGUACACCGCUUUUUAAAACAACUCUGAUUGGUCUUUUCUCUUGUAUUAUGUAGUUCCAGAAAAUAUCCUUCUCCCCAACGGAGGGCACUUUUGCUUUAGACCCUCUACGCCAGGGGGUGGUUGUCAUACCCCGGGCCCCCUAUGGAAUUUCCGUAAUUGUUCAACUUGCUCGGGUACCCCCUGGAAACAAUAUUUCCGUCAAAGAUUGCUUUUGCACUAUAUUAUUAUGCGAAAGAUAUUUUUUAUUCUUGUUAAUACAGCCUUUGUCUAAUAAUCUCGAAGAGUUUCCUAGCUAGUAAUUAACCAUGGAGGCGAUACCUGUUACACUUCUGAUUACUGACUAUUCUAUGUACCUAUCUAGACGUUUAUGUCACCUUUUUCUUUAGACUUUUUUGUUCUAGUUAAAAGUGUUGUUUGGUGUAAAUGACAUGCCCUGCUUAAUACAGACACCCCGUUAGUACAGACUCUUUCUAUGGCCCAUUCAGUUUCCUUAUUAACGGGGUUUGACUGUGCUUCCAAAUUGAGUCAAAUGAAAUAUAAAAGUAUAAAAACAACUAAAGCAUCAAACAAGGCACGGAAGAACAAAUUGAGGAAGGAAUAAAGGGGAUUAGAAACUGUUUUCCUUGACAGAUUUUUCAAGUUUUUUUUUUGUUGUUGUUGGAGACUUAUUUGUCACGAUUUGUCAUUCCGAAGUUUGACUAAAUUGCCAUAUAUACAGAUAGUCUGCAAGAAACUAACUUUAAUUUUUUCUUAAUUUGUCUUCUUUUAAAGUUCCUGUUGGAGGUGCUUGUGUUAUCUCCUCUCAUCGCCAUUUUGUUUUGCUACCUUUUGGGAAGCAAAAUCAAUGUAUUAACUGGGUUGAUUCUUGUACACAUUGGCGUUCUUUUUGUGUUAUCUUUCAUUGCCGUGCAAGAUACUGGAUUCCCUGAGGAUGAAGGCGGUUGUAAUGGAAUGUCUAGCAUUCUACGGUAAGUAAAAAACUCUUUGAGCAUGAAGAAAGGCGGUGUUAUUUUAAGCUCAGUUAUGAUGUAUCGUCAUGUGACAAACGUUGGCUAAGGCCUGUUUCAAACGUCGUUCUACUGCCUUGCUAAACUGGCUCGACUGUAACUCGACUGCAGCACGACACUAGCACGACUUGGUUUCAGACGUCGAAUUUAAUUCAGUCGAAUAGAACGGCUGAUGCCGAAAACAAAACACAAAAAUAAAGAAACGGUUUAGCAAACUUUUAAAUAUAUUCUAAUGUGUUUAUAAUUUAUGAAUUGAGUUCGGCACGGCUGUAGCACGACGUUUGAAACCAAGUUGUGCUACCACUGCCGUGCUAAAGUCGAAUUUAAUUCGAUCAAUGGAGUUCGGCACCGCAGUAGUACGACGUUUGAAACGGGCCUAAGAAAAUAACUGCAUUCUCGAAAAGAAUUCCCGUUACCUAUGACCUCCCAAACACGGGCCGGGGCAGGCGCUUUGUCCGAUUGAGCUACGAUUAGACCCAUAGAGUAAAAUAGCCUGUUCCAGGCUCUCAGAUAGUACGAAUGAGGCCUAAGUGUAAAGCAUGCGAAAAUGUGAGCGCGUUAUCUGGUUUCUUGUUUUAUUUUCGUGUUCACGCUUUCUCAAUUUCGUGGACCCGACUCUCUCGGAGCCUGAAACAGGCAAGGGCCCUCAUAGAGAGAAGGGUUAUUUGCCUCUUUCAUCAAACGUUUCUCUCUUUUGACAUAGACCAGUUUCGAAUGGUUAAAAUUCACAGUUGGCUCCGGGGUGAGGGGUAUACAGUAUAAAGGUGCAAUAAAACGAGGAACAAAGAAAAGAAAUGUUACGUGUUCUGCCACCCACGUUCAAACCUGUCGUGCAACAAAUCUGGUUGGUGGAAAAUGCAUGAAUACAGACGUCUGAUUUGAUAAAUUAUGUGGGAGUCACUCCAAACACGGAUCAUCGGCAAGUAAAAUGUACAGCAUGAACAGAUUUUGUGGCAAAGAGUAGAUACUGCAACAACUUUUCUCAACCUGCAAUAACCUAGUUUGUUGCAAGAUAGGUUUGAACGUGGGUGUUUUUCAACUCGUUUUGCAGUAAUUUUUGUGGCCUGUUUCGCAUCGGGAUUCAUGGGAAAAUAAUUCGUAUCUUUUGUUUUAUUCCUCUCAGCCUCAGGGGUCAAGCAUGAGUUCUGAUAAUUCGAAGCUGGCCCAUCAGAGGCUUUCUCUCAGCCAGGACUGAACUAGUGUCCAUUUUUUGCCUCCCUAAAUCACGUGAAUGUUUGUGAUACUCUGAAAUCCCUUCCUCACUCCCCUUGUCGGUCUCACUCCUAAUCUGUAAUCGCCACCCAUUGUUGCAAGGUUUGAAGGUGAAACUAGGUAACAGACCUUUUUAGCUUGUACGUUUUGUUUUCCCAUUGCAGACCACGUGAUGUUACCCAGAUAAUUGUUUCUUUCUAAUGUCGUUCCAUGCUCGUGCAUCCACGUACAUAUGCAUGCAUAACUAAUUAAAAGACAAAGGCAAAUUCCCUUGAGAGCAUCACGUGGUCUGAAUUGGGAAAAACAAAACAUACAAGCUAAAAAGAGGUUUAUUUCAAGUUCACCGUCGCAGUCUUGCAGUGACGGCAAAGAAAUGUACAAAAGAGCGUGAUGCACGUCCGUCUUGUUAUCGUCGCCGUCGUGUGUUCACACUAUAUCGGAUAGCUUUUGCACCGCCACGUCAAGAACGUCGUUUAGGGACUUGUCAAAAAUUAGCAGGGGGGGAGGGGGGGUGGGAAUUUUAAAUUUGGGUUCGGAAAUGAGGUGACCCAUCCCUGCAAUGGGAGUGAAAUUUGCUAACCCUCCCCUUGAGCUUGGCCUAAAAUAUCAUGACCCUCCCCUUCUUGUAUAAGUGAUAAAAUCUAGUUCUUGCAAUACGCUAGGGUGAGUUAGUAUUAUGAAAACUCAAAAUAUAUUUCUAAUCUGUUUUUUGUAAUACUAUUUACAUACAUUUUAGAUGACAUCAUUAAGAGCCUGACUCUGAUUCUGACAGCUGAUCACUCAACUCUCCUAUUUCUCCCAGGCUUUUUUCCGAAGUGAAAGAAAGAUCUUUCUUUUUCUUCUGUAGGUGAACCUCUACAUGAUCACGGGCAUGUAUUUGCAUGACCCUUCCCCUUUUAAUGGCCCAUUUUUCAUGGCCCCUCCCUUUUCUGGGUCUCAAAAAGUUGUGACCCUCCCUCUGUUUCCACCUCCCCUCCCCCUGCUAAUUUCUGACAAGUCCCUUAUGGCGGCACGACUUCUGUGACGGAGCGAAGCUGCGCCUCGCCUAUCUCGAAAGCGAAGCGUCACAUAUCGGAUAGUUCUUGUGCAAUACUUUGUGCAGUGUGAACACCUAUUCGACCUGUUCGCGGAAGUAAAUAAGAAGGAGCGAGGACUGGAACCCACUGAAACUGAAGUAAAUACUGAGGAGCGAGGACAGGAACCUUCUCGGCCAACUGCGCCGGUACUAACGCCGGUACGAAUUUGCCGGCACGAUGCCACUCUCGUCCCCGGAGCCUCCUGGAGUCCUGGGUAGGAUUUUAGGACAUCCGGUUAUUUCUGAUUCAAAAGUAAGUUGAAGAAUUCUCUUUUAAAAGCUUUAAAUCACCUUAAUUUACAGUCAUUGACACUUCGGCAUGAGCAAGUGAACGCUAUUAGAAACGUUGUUGAAAAGGACUUUAAUCAAAUCCUGUGUCCCAAGAGCCUCCAUGUCCUUAUACUCAGGCCUCCAGGAAGCUCUGGGGGACGAGAAUGGCAGGAUGCUCGAUGUGCGUGAACGACUUUUGCUGCUCCAAGCCUCUGCUGUUCGUACUAUACCGGCCGGAUAGCUUUUCGCGGCGCCAUAAAAUCUGCUACAUGAUCAGCGUAAAGUAUAGAGCUCUCCACUUACUCAGGUGUCCCUUGCUGCAAUUUGUUUUUUGAAAAACAAAUAAACUUCCGUCUCUCAAGUUUCCGAGUUUUGUUGUUGUUGUUGCCUUAAUCGUACUGGUAAGCAUCCUUAAAGUUCAGUGGUAAGCUCGACCAACUGCACUUGCUCGAAGGUUCACGUUGAGUCUAUUUCAUGUCUCUAACUGAUGCUUUCAAUCGCCAGUUUUAGACUUAAGUUUAAUAUUGAAAGCGCGGGUUUCGUUUUUCUCGCAGAUGGUUGCUUCCUCGACUUUUUUUCGCUGGCUUUCUCCGUGGAUUCCUGAACAUCAAUCACGUGUCCACCAAGCCUCCUCCAGUAUUAAGGCUUAGCGAUGGAGGUCACUUUGAAAAUCUAGCUCUGUUGCCUUUGCUGGAGAAGAAAUUAGAUCGUAUUGUUGUUGUUGAUGGUUCCUGUAAUCCAGGAGGCGAAAAGUACGCUGAUGCACUUCUCCAUGCCAUUAAGAAAGCAAGGGAAACACUCCACUGCUCAUUUACACCACUCACCAAUGAUGAGGGGACUGAAGGUGGUGGAACUCGAGAUAUUGAAGAAGAUAUCCGUGUCCGUUUCUUGACGAAAAAGAAUGGGCGGUUACCAAGGCACUAUAGGUUCAAAGUCCACUACUAUGAUGUAAUUGAUGUAAAUGGCGUCUCAGUUGACAUAUUCUCUGGAAAAACAGGCGAGAUACUCUUCUUAGCACCCAGGCACCCAGAAGAGUGCAAGGAGUUUGGUGAGGCCCAGAACGAUAAGAAUUGGGAAGUUUUUGACGUGGAGGAAAAAGAAAACCCCGACCAUCCCUGGAGGAGGCCGAGGAAACUGACUAAAGACAAAGCUAAUCGACUGACUUGGUGUUGCUGUCGGUGUUGCCAUGGUGAACUUAAGGAGGACAAUAAAGACAAAGCCAGCAAACUGGCUUGCUGUGGCUGUGAGUGUGAUCGUAAAUGCUGUAGUUGUUUCUGUUUCUGUUUUCCUGGUAACAUCUGUGAUCAUAUCUCUUCAUUUUUUCUGCGGGGAGGUUUCCCUCAUCACACCACCGGAAAUCAGUUCUUCACCCCCGACAUGUUUUCAGCUUACCAUUGUGAGGGGCUCGCAGCUUCCAUUGAAGCUGCGGGUAAAGCCAAGAAGUUUUUUUAG